AAAGCACAUGCUCUUUUUUAGCUUUCUUCGGUAAGGAAAGGGUGCUUUGUUGGUGGAAAUCUCGUAGUUUUCGCAGUUUCUUGAGGCACAGCAACAUUGAAGACUAACCGGAGCUAACCAUGGUUCGCAUCAGUGUCCUAGCAGAUGCAUUGAAAUGCAUCAACAACGCCGAAAAACGUGGCAAGCGCCAGGUUUUGAUUCGGCCCAACUCGAAGGUCGUCAUCAAGUUUUUAACAGUGAUGAUGAAGCAUGGAUACAUUGGCGAAUUUGAGAUAGUCGACGAUCACCGCAGUGGAAAGGUGGUUGUGAAUCUUACCGGCCGCCUGAACAAAGCUGGCAUCAUUUCUCCGCGUUUCGAUGUGAAGCUCAACGAUGUUGAAAGAUGGACCAACGAUUUGUUACCCUCUCGUCAGUUCGGGUAUGUCGUGCUCACUACCAGCGGCGGUAUAAUGGAUCACGAGGAAGCCCGACGGAAGCAUUUGGGAGGAAAGAUAUUGGGAUACUUCUUCUGAAACUCCUGGAGCAGGUUUUCAAGCAUCGGAUUUGUUUGAGAAGUUGAAAAAGGGGAUGAAGAUUGCUACCUAAUAAAGCACGGAAUUGUGUUGAAAAAAGUUAA